UUCCCUAGUUUCUACAAUUUUAUCUAUCUAAGAAACAAGAGAAUAUCAAACAAUGAUGAUGGCAAUAUGCACCCAAUUAAGAGCACCACCACAUGCAUGGACACCAACAAAAAGCCACUUAAAGUCCCCAUCCAAACCACUCCUAAAAGCCCAAAAGACACAAUCAUUGUCUCCUGAGAAGAAAGAAAUUUUCAAGUCAUUAGAGAGUUGGGUAUCACAAAAUGUCCUGCCACUAGCCAAACCUGUGGAGAAAUGCUGGCAACCACAUGAUUUGUUGCCAAACUCAUCGUUGUCAACCGAUGAGUUCAUCGAUCAAGUGAAGCUCUUAAGGGAUCAAACGGCUGAACUUCCUGACGAUUAUCUGGUAGUUUUGGUGGGUGACAUGAUCACUGAGGAAGCAUUGCCUACAUACCAAUCAUGGUUAAAUAGGCUGGAUGGGGUUGCGGACGAGACUGGUUCAAGCCACAAUCCAUGGGCCGUAUGGACACGCUCUUGGACUGCCGAGGAGAAUAGGCAUGGAGACUUGCUUAAAACAUAUCUCUACCUUUCGGGUCGAGUUGAUAUGUUCAUGGUCGAGAAGACUAUCCAAUACUUGAUUCAAGCUGGCAUGGAUAUACAAACAGGAAACGAUCCUUAUAAGGCUUUUGUUUAUGCAUCCUUCCAAGAGCGAGCCACUUUUCUAUCAGACGGUAGCAUGGCCCGACUAGCUAAGGAGAGAGGUGAUCCGGCGCUUGCACUCAUAUGUGGCACGAUUGCCGCGGAUGAGAAGCGUCACGAGAUUGCAUACGAGAGGAUUGUGGAGAAGUUUCUCGAAGUGGACCCCACAGAGACAAUGACAGCCAUAGCAGAAAUGUUGAGUAACAACAUAACAAUGCCUGGACACUUGAUGUAUGACGGACGAGACCCACACCUCUUCGGUCAUUUCUCUGCGGUAGCACAACGUAUCGGCGUGUAUACGGUUAGUGACUACAUUGAUAGCUUGGAGUUCUUGAUUGGACGGUGGAAAUUGGAGAAGAUAGAGGGUUUGACAAGCGAGGGAAAACAUGCACAAGAGAUCGUGUGUGGGCUUGCACCUAAGAUUAGAAGACUCCAGGAGCGCGCUGAUGAGCGAGUGAAAAAGAUGAAGCCAAAAUUUAGUUGGAUCUUCAAUAAAGAGAUGACUCCAUGAAUUAGACAUUAAUUUAGAAAAGUACUAUGAAAAAACAAUGAUUAUGUAUCACAUAAUCUCUCCCUACCCUAGUGUUUGCUUAUCAUGUACUUUUUAGAGUAAUUAAUAUAAAUAAAUAAAACAUUACUGUAUUCCUUA